ACAUUUAAAUAAAAAUGGUGGCUUUGUAUAAAAGUUCAUUUCGUCUUUUCUUAAGUAAUUACUUUUAUUUUUAAUUGUUUCCUUAAAAAUAAAAUUUUGUAUGAUUGUAAAAAUUGCUUAUGUAUAGGAAAAAUUGUUUGUAACUUUUUUCAAUUAUUUUUAAACACUCUAGACUCAAGAUCAGCGUGUAAAAAACUGGGACACUUGAGGUAUAGCUCCACAAAUGCCGGAAAAAUUACAACACAUUACACAAUUGUUCCAAGAGAGACGGAUCCGAGAUGGAAAGAGGUAAACAUGGAAAGAUACGCUGACGAAGCGGAUGUUGUUAUUGUUGGAGGAGGACCGGCUGGGCUUUCUGCAGCUAUUAGAAUAAAACAGUUGGCUGCAGAUGCUGGCAAAGAAAUACGUGUAUGUCUUUUGGAGAAAGCUUCUCUAAUUGGAGGCAACACCCUCUCAGGUGCUUGUAUUGAAACGUCUGCUUUGAAUGAACUAAUUCCUGAUUGGAAAGAAAAAGGGGCUCCUAUGAAAACAAAAGUAACAAAAGACAAAUUUGCUCUCCUAACAGAAAAGAGUAGAAUACCUAUACCUGUUUUUCCGGGUUUACCAAUGUAUAACCAUGGCAACUACAUUGUUCGUUUAGGAAAUCUCGUAUCUUGGCUAGGCGAACAAGCUGAGAAUCUUGGAGUCGAAUUGUAUCCUGGUUAUGCUGCAGCGGAAAUCUUAUAUAACGAAGACGGUAGUGUUAAAGGUAUAGCAACGAAUGAUGUUGGUAUAGCUAAGGAUGGAUCACCAAAAGAAACUUUUGAAAGAGGUAUGGAGUUUAAUGCCAAAUGUACAAUUUUCUGCGAAGGUUGUCAUGGACAUUUGGCCAAAACUCUGUUCAAUAAAUAUGAUUUAAGAAAAAAUUCUCAGCAUCAAACAUACGGAAUUGGACUAAAAGAAUUAUGGGAAGUUGAUCCUUCAGUUCAUGAACCUGGUUGUGUUGAGCACACGAUUGGAUGGCCUCUAGAUAAAAAUACUUAUGGUGGAUCAUUCCUAUAUCAUUUAGAUGAGGGUGAACCUCUAGUUACGAUUGGCUUUGUUAUUGGCUUAGAUUAUAGUAAUCCCUAUAUGUCUCCCUUCCAAGAAUUUCAGCGAUGGAAGCAACACCCUAGUAUUCAGAAAGUGUUGAAGGGUGGAAAGAGAAUAGGUUAUGGUGCCAGAGCUUUAAACGAAGGUGGUUUGCAGAGUCUUCCUAAAUUACACUUUCCAGGAGGAUGCCUUGCCGGUUGUUCUCCAGGUUUUAUGAAUGUAGCAAAAAUUAAAGGAACGCAUGGCGCAAUGAAAAGUGGAAUGUUGGCCGCAGAGGCAGUUUAUAAAGCUUUAGAUGAGAAUCCUGAUAGCUCUAAUGUUACACCAACAACUUUGGACGAAAGCGUAAAAAACUCUUGGUUAUAUAAAGAAUUAAAAUCUUGCAGAAACAUAAGACCAAGCUUUAAUUCAGCGUUAGGAUAUUUUGGAGGUAUGAUAUACACUGGUCUAUUCUAUGUAUUAGGUAGAGGAAUGGAACCGUGGACUCUGAAGCAUCAUAAUGAAGUAGAUGGUAAAUUAAUGAAGCCUGCCUCCCAGUGUCAGCAGAUUACUUAUCCAAAACCUGAUGGGGAGAUUACUUUUGAUUUAUUGUCGUCAGUCGCAUUAACGGGAACUAAUCACGAUCAUGAUCAACCCCCUCAUCUGACAUUGAAAGAUGAUUGUGUUCCGGUAAAUAAUAAUUUGGCUGUCUUUGACGGACCCGAGGCUAGAUUCUGUCCAGCAGGUGUUUACGAAUAUGUAGAAACUGAAGACGGUAAGGGAAAGCGCUUACAAAUAAACGCGCAAAAUUGCAUCCAUUGUAAGACUUGCGAUAUUAAAGAUCCAUCUCAAAAUAUUAACUGGGUAUGCCCACAAGGAGGAGAAGGUCCAGCAUAUUCUGGAAUGUAAAAUUGGAACAACUAUGACGAUAAACUGAUAUAUGCUAAUUUGUUAAUUAAUUUAGCAACUAUGUAUUCAAUCGUUAAAAAAUUAACUUCUUUUUGGAAUAGAUAUAAAUAGCUGAUUAAACAAUUGACCUUGUCUAACAUUUUUAUCUAUCUCACAUAUUGUCAUGUAAUUUUCCAAAAUAUUGUUUAUAAAUUCAGGACGAACUUGAAUAAUUCUUCAACUUUGACCAUUCAAAGUAUAUACUGUACAUUGUUAAACAAAGGCUUAACCAAAAAAAAAGUGUUGCUAAAAUUAGCUUACACAAGGCAUAUAGUUAUUAAACUUUAACAAAAAAAAAUUAUAAGCAUUGUAAUUCCACGAAUAUUGAUCAUAAUCAA